AUGGCCAUCUUUGUGGACACAGAUUGCGUUGGUGAAGUUGCUCUUAGUAACCUAAAACUGUACAAAUACUCUGCGAUUGAUAAGUCACCAAUUUCAAAUUACGUAUUGAAACCAUAUUGGAAUUGGGCUGUCGAGCUUUUUCCCCUGUGGAUGGCACCAAAUUUGAUUACAUUAUGCGGUUUAGGUUUCGUUAUAUUAAAUGUUAUAGGUGUAAUAAUUUGGAUUCCAGAUCUCGUGGGUCCUGGUCCACGUUGGCUAUAUUGGAGUUUUCCGAUCGGUUUAUGGCUUUAUUCAACAUUUGAUAAUGUUGACGGUAAACAAGCUCGAAGGACAGGAACUUCGUCUCCUCUUGGAGAACUUUUUGACCAUGGUUGCGAUGCUUUGAAUUGUGCUUUUGGCCCAUUGGUUUUCUCGGCUGCACUGGGGUUGGGACAUUCUUACCGUUCUGCAACUAUUUUCCUUCUUACA